AUGAGGGAAGUCAACUUCAGCAUCCCGAACUCCAACAAGGCGUCGGUGGGCAUCACCACCGCUCUGUACGACCGACGAGCCCUUGACUGCACCUCUACCCUUCCUCUUAUCAAUUCACUAAAUCAUCUGGCAUACCUUACGACAUCAUCUCCACGGAUACGGGACAUUCUAACCGUCGAUGGCGGAGUUGAGCGCUUGGUGUCCAUCCUCAAAGAUGGCAAAGCCGGCGAUCUGAUGGAAGUGUGGAAAUGGAACCUAGCCUUCCAAUGCGUGGUCAAUAUCGGCGUGCGAGGAUCCGAAAGUGUACGGACCAGGGUCGUCGAGGCAGACAUCGUCCCCGUCAUCGCUACACUGCUGGACAACUAUAUUCGGGUCAUGGAUAAGUGUCGAGAGCGUGCCGAGGCCGACCUCAAGCGUGGUGCUGCACGUCUCGGUUCAAGACAUCUGUCUCGUGGCAGUGACCUCGCAUCAUUGUCGACCCAUCGAUCUGACAGGCAUCGUCGACAUGCACCCCCCCCCAUCGAGAUUCCCGCUCCGUACAGCACCGAAGGUCGACUCGACAACGAUCCUGUGCCUCCUCCCUUCUCACUCAGCUCCCCGCCUGAGCGAACCACCUUCACCGGCCCACGGACGGGACGUACACACCAGCAGACCCCAAGCAUCGAUGAGAGAACAACCUUCGCAAGUCGAAGUGGACGGCCUCUCAUCCCUCAACCGCUGGUGACUGCAGGCCCGACAAUGACGCAGCCACCCGAAAACAUGAACCUCCGACCGGUCCGCGAUUCGGACCGCCUCCCUUCGAUGCUCCCCUCCCUCCAGGCGGAACUGACUUCCCAGCCUGGAUCUCCCACCACUCCAAGCGCCCCCGCCCAGCUUCAAUCCAUCAGUUCCGUCACACAAGAAGAUCCCGACCGUACUCCUCGACGACCUUCCAUCCGACAUCAACUCUCCAUGUCCGGUGUUAGCGACGAUAUCCCAAGUGACGACAUCAUGCCGGUGGAUUCGACCGGUCCUGGUCAAACCGACCCGACCGUCACCUUGCAAAAUGACAUCCACAUGCAAGACAUUGAAAACGAGGAAAUGUUGGAUGCCGGCGCCACUCCGGUCCGACUCACCCCGCCUGCCUCGGAGAACACCGAGAAUGAAACCUUCGAUAUCAACCACCCCUCCGCCAUCGACGGUAGUCUCAUCAACCCGAUUGCCAACCAACCCGCUGCUGGGAUCGGGUUCGCUCCCGGCCAAACCGUGCUCAAUGGCAUGGUGAACCCAAGCACCCAACCGCUCACGACCGGGUGGUUCCCACGCUUCGCGCAAGAUCGGAAUCUCACUGCCAGUCUCCUGGCCACGAUGCCCCGGGACGACGACGUGCUCAUGUCGUUGCAACUCCUCGCCUACGUGUCCAAGUACUGCAAUCUGCGAUCCUACUUCCAGAAAUCGCACCUCGUCCCCCGCCUCAAGAUCGCCAAGGAUCUCUCGUUCCUCGACGACCUGCCAUCCGACCCUAGCUCGUCCGCAACCGCAUCCUCCUCCGACCCCACCACUUCCUCAUCCUCCAAGACCGCGCAAUCCCCCACCACCGCAGACGAGUGCGAUCCCGACGACGAAUACCUCCUCCCCGACGACUUCAACAUUUUCCCGGUGGUCGAGAAGUUCACCGUGAAGCACCACGGGCAGGAGAUGCAGUACUGGGCAGGCGUGGUGAUGCGGAACCUCUGCCGCAAGGACGACUCGCGCGGCGGCAUCCGGCAGUGCGCGUACUACCAGUGCGGGCGCUGGGAGGAGUACGCGCGCCAGUUCGCCAAGUGCCGGCGCUGUCGGCGCACCAAGUACUGCAGCAAGGAGUGCCAGAAGAGCGCGUGGGUGUAUCAUCGGCAUUGGUGCGAGCAGGCGCAGCAAUGA